AUGGAGCUGCGAUUCACAGGUCCCAGAAGCGAUCUUGGACAAGCGAACUUGCUUCUGACCGAGGACGAUGUCACCCAUCGCUCAGUCUCCAGCUUUUCGGAUGGGACCAGGGUUUGCACGUACCACUUUGCGGAGCAGUCGAGCUCCCAUCAGAGAAGGAUACUCAGUCGGGUUUCCUGCAAUCAGCUCGUCUUACACCACAUCCUUCCUCCAGGUCAGACGGCUGGAGGUUCCACACCAGCACUCGCUUCCUCAUCCACCCCGUUUGUCCGACUGAGUCGCGAGAACGAAUUUGAUUUACGAUUGCAAGGGUUCGCACUGAGUUUCGGCUCCCAAAACGAGGGACCUUUCGCUCGAAUCGCAUCGCAGCAUCACUCUUUCUCCUCGGCUUCACCAGGUGUCUUGGAACAGAUCGCAUGCUUGAGGGUAUCGCUGCAGCUGGCAAACGUCUCGUCUUAUGCAGAAGAACGGGCCUGCAAGCCUUCAUGCUGCCUCUUUCUCCUCCUCCAGCACGGCCGCUUGAAAAUUGACGCUUCCUUUUUUUCCCCGCAAAGUUCUUCCUUUGGCAUCCUCUGUCUGUCCGAGUCAGCGAAUUUAUCCCUAAAGCGCAGCAAAAGAAGUAACUUCGCGGCGUCGGUCGGAGGCAGAGGCUCCAAAGAACCCUCGUUGGGAUCGUUCGUCAUGCAGCCACGGGACGCUGUGGUGGGCCAGACAGAAUUGCUUCAAGCUCUCGAGUUGGAGCUGUCGUCGAAUGAUAGCGCCCUUUGGGCUAUCGCGAACUUCGCUGACGCAGGCUCAUCGUGA